AUGUCUGUGCAAGAAUUUGAUCCGAGAAAUAAUGUUGCUCCAUCCAUGGAUGCCCUCAUCGGGGAGACCCCGGCGGUGUAUCUCAAAAGAAUGAAUGAUACUGCUGCCACAAUUGUUCUCAAGCUGGAAUGCGAGAACCCCAUGGCGUCCGUGAAGGAUCGCCUUGCCUACGCUAUAUAUGAUAAGGCGGAAAAGGAAGGAAAAAUAAUUCCUGGCAAAAGUGUCAUUGUGGAGGCCACAAGUGGUAACACUGGUAUUGCCCUUGCCCACAUUGGAACCAUACGAGGGUACAAGGUGAUUAUUGUUAUGCCCGAGUCUAUGUCAAUAGAACGUCGAUGUUUGAUGCGGAUUUUUGGUGCUGAAGUUAUCCUUACACCCGCGGCACUUGGUAUGAAGGGCGCUUUGGAAGCAGUAAAUCGCAUUGUCAGCAAUAAUCCGGAUGCAGUUUCUGCGAAUCAGUUUGCCACCAAAUAUAAUGCUCAAAUCCACGAAGAAACAACUGGACCGGAGAUUUGGCGGCAGACCAAAGGUCAUGUCGAUUGCUUUGUGGCUGGCGUGGGGACAGGUGGAACGAUAACUGGUGUGGCGCGAUACCUCAAAUCGGUUGGAUGUGGCGCCACGAUAUUUGCUGUGGAACCUGCAGAAUCUCCCGUUCUCUCGGGUGGUAAACCGGGCCCCCACCGUAUACAAGGGAUUGGGGCCGGCUUUGUCCCGGAAGUAUUUGAAGCAGCCUUGGUGGAUGAGGUGAUUCAGGUCUCUGGUGAUGAAGCGAUUGACACUGCGCAAAAAUUGCCCCGUACGGACGGCAUAUUCUGUGGAUUUUCAGGAGGGGCAAAUGUUUAUGCGGCUCUGCAAAUUGCAAAGCGUCCAGAAAUGGCCGGAAAGACCAUUGUUACAGUUAUCCCAUCUUAUGGUGAGCGCUACCUUUCCACCGCACUCUACUCAAGUAUAAAGGAUGAGGUUUUUGCUCUGAAAGUACUUUCGGCAGCUGAUAUUUGA